GGUGCAUCAUGCAGCAGGUAAGAAAGGCUUUUAUUUGGACUCAUUUCACGAGGUCCCAUCUUGCCGUUUAGAGCGUGCAUGGCUGCUGUGCAUCAGUCGGCGGGCGUGAGCGAAGGAGACAAAUUCUCCUGCGAGGAUGCGAGUCGCCUCUACCGCAAAGUGUUUCGUGACGCCUGCACCGAGGAUGACGUGCGCACGGCCGUGAAAAAGCUUUCAGAAAAUGACAGUGAGGGGUCGUGCGUUGGUGAGCGUAUUUUGGAUGUUCUCAUCGAAAUAAAGCGAAUGAAGGAGAAAAAGGAAAAGUUAUACUGGGAAGUGCAGCUGCUCAAUGCAGGCCAUCUGGAGGAGCUGCAUUUAUGCGAGACUUCAGCCGUCGCUGAUGCCCCUGUGCUCAAGUGCCCACACCGAACCACACAGACACGAGCGAAAGAAGACAUGACAGGAGUGUGGCGGCUCCACAAGGCAGCUCGACAGAGCUGGGCCAGAGUGGUGACAGAAGGUGUGCAAAGCAUACUGGCCUGCCCCUGGCCAGUUCUAACGCCAGGGGUCAGAGGUGAAUUUUGGGGCUGGGUGUCCUGUUCAGACGUGCUCCGCUUCAACGAAGUCAAAUACGACGCGGUGACCCGUUUGCUUUAUGAUGACAUGCUGCAGAAGCACCACAGCAUCCAUGCGUGGGAGGCUCUGUCGCCAUGGCGACAUCACCAGGAAGAGCUUUGGCUUGAAGAGCUCGCACAGGAAGCUUUGGCGUCUGACGACAUGGUCGCUUUGGCCGAGCUGCCGGGAGCGUUCACGAUAUACAGAGUUUGUCCAGAGUCCAGCUUCACUGCAGUUUCUCUCUUGUAUAAAUUAAACGCGUGUCGACGACAAGAGAGGGAAGAACUAACAGCCUUAGUGGAGAGGCUGGAUGAGGAGAGCUUGAGACUGUUGUGUUUGUACAUUCGCACAGCAACACUUGGAGCUCAAAGAGAAAAAACGGCCUACGACGCAUAUUUGGCCAUCAGACAAUCCUGGCACAAAUGGCCACAAGUUCACAGUCCGUGCAGAGAAGAGCGGGCCGCCGCAUUACUGCGCGGUGAUGACGACAUAUUUGGGCACAUGAAAGAUGACGAUGAUUUAGGAUUAUCACAGCAGGUGCUGCCCAAUGUUCGACCUGGGUCAUUACUGCCGUUAUUGGUGCUGACUCAGCAGCAGGAGAGGAAGCAGCUGGUCCGCCUGUUGCAUGGAGUCACUUUGGAGGAUGUGCAAAGACCCUCCGAUUCUCUUAAAACAAGUUGCAUAAAAAGGCUGCAACAAAUUUGCUCCAGGGGUGAGAAUCAACCCGACUGUGAUAUCAGCAGCCCCCCUACGGAGUGGACCGAAGACCAGCUAGAACGAGCCGCCUUGGUCCUCUUGGUUGACCUCCUGGAGAUCCAGGAGAGGGAUACAUCUACAUUCCUUCGGGGACUUUUGGAUGGGAAUGAGCAUCUCCAAAAGCUGAGACAGGAGUACCAGUCCGAAGUCCACGCACAACACCUGCGCGCCAACCUGCUCCAACUCUUCAAUCCAGAUGCCUCUUCAUCUACUUCACACGCCAAUCUGAGCAACCAGGGGCAAGUCCCGCAUCAGUCUCGUGGAGCUGCGGAGGCCCAGAACAUCACCACCGGGAGGCUUGAAUCUCAGACAGCAGCUGAUACGAUCAGCACGCGACAUGAUGGAGUCGAAUCUGAGGACGUACCUGAUAAACACGGUGUCUGCGCAGAAUGUGGCGUGACCCUGGGAGGUCUGCCCUAUUUGGAGAUUUUUUUGUGUUCCAGAUUCAUCCGGUAAAGUUGAGGAACAAGACAACGAGACGAAGAACUGUGAGGAUCAGGGCUCGCUAAUCACACUGGCUUGGAGCACACGGCUUAAGGGCAACACAGGUCACAACGGGGAGGCAGCACACGCUGUUGAUGUCCAAGUGCAGCCCUGCGGUGAAGGCGGCACACCCGAACACGCGGCCGCAGAAAGCCGAGAAGGAGUGAUAAGCCAAGCACAACUUGCAGAGCAACACCGUGGCCCAGUGGAGCUCAAAUCGGAUGAAUCCGACAAAGAAAACGACCUGCACACGAAGCUUGUGUGUGGAAGGCAGACCUUGGCUGACUCGCGGGAUGGGAAGACAACUGACGAGGACAGCGACAUGGUGAAGGAGCUUCGAGCUUCUGAGCCCACCGCACAGGCUACAGGCCACUGUAGCCUCAGCGAGAGAUCGGCAUCGAGGGAGGGCGGCCAACCGCGAGAACCGAUGUCUGCGGUGGAGAGAGAGAAGACCAUGCGGAAGCUGGUGGACGUGCACCGCCGAAUGGAGAGAAAGCAGCAGAGGGACAGAGACAGGCAGCAGCUGAGGGUCCAAGAACGUUUGUCCAUCAUCCAGAGCAGGAAGGCGGAUGAGGAUUUUUUCGGGCCUAAGCACAGAGAGAGGAUGAGGCACCUCAGUAAAGACAUACCACAAGUAAAGAUGUUUGCUAUUUGCAAUUACUCAUUACAAAACAUGGCAAAUCAAUGCAUUCGCUGUUCAUGAGGAAAGAAGACGCUGGUCAGAGAACAACUGGAGCAGCUCAAAAGGGAACGCUCUUUUAUCAUGCAGUCCAGAAGAAAAAGGAACACCGCAGGCUUCAAGGAACUUCUGGCUCCAGUGCAUCUCCAAAGCAGAGGAAUUGAAGACAGGUUGGAGCAAGACGGCUUAGAAUGAGAGGCGAGAAGCAGAACGUGCGGCACUGUAUACUUCCCUCAUUUGAAAAUUAAACUCUUCGUACGUAAACAA